AUGAGCGGCAGUUCUCACGUUCUGGACGCAGAUGCAGGGCCAUAUCCGUGUGGUGGCGGCAGUGGGCAGUUGCUAUGUGCAGCGCAUCAGAGCAACUCCGUAGGGACGUGUCAUCAUUUUGGCGGUCCGUGGACGUAUGAAGCGUUUGCAGUAAAGGAGGCGAUUGGACAUUAUCUACAGGACAGCAAAGGUUGUGUUGUGCGAUGUGCUGGUGAAGAGGAGGCGCUCCGCAAUUUGUGGGAGGAGACCCGACGAAAUCUAUUGUCGAUUCCACCCUAUCCUGGUCGGGGGUUCCUAAAAUUCACGAAGAGAGUGUCAGUUCCCAACCUGAAUGACUUCGAAGCGAUGAUGCGCCCGCGUUAUCCUGUGGAAGAAAACUGCUCCGGAUCGUGUGUCGAUUGUGUUGAGGAUACUGGCACCAGGAAGUGUUCCUGUAACUUUGCGCGAGUCAAGUGUCAAGUCCGAACGAAGGGUGAGCAGGAGGAGAACAACAUUGAGCUAGUUGCUUAUAAUGAGGACCCGAGGUUCCUGUUUGGAAAGUUGUCUCCCUUCAGCAAGAAGAAAGACGUCUAUCAGGUAGUGGGUUGUGACUACGAAUGCCGUAAGGGGAGCCCGGAUGUUGCCGUGCCCGCCAACGUACGUUUCCUGGAGACGGAGCCGGCAGGUGAUGGUAGUCCGCUGAAAUUGAGGUUGAGCAGACGUGAGUUGAGCAGACUUCAGCUCCCUCUGGCACAGUGCGAGGGCUAUGAUACAGACGACUGGCACCCAUUGGAAGAGAUUGGCCGAUAUCCAUGUUGGGGGGGAAGUGGAGUAAUGAUGUGUAAAAAGGGCUCACUUAGGUGCCACCUUGGGAAGAAGAUCUUUGGCGGCUGCAACAAACUUCAGCCUGUCUCAUGUCAUCGUUUUGGUCCGGUGUGGAUGGACGUCUUCGCGGUGCAGGAUGCGGUUAAACGUCACGCAGACAAAUUUGACGAUUGUGUCGUAAGGUGCGAUGGCACAAGAACAAUGGCAAAUGACUUGUGGGAGGAAGCCAAGGACGGUUUACGGACGGAUCCUCAGUAUGAACGGCCGCCGGCAAAUUUAAGAGUGGGUUUCGAAGAUUGGUUGCGGGAGCACUAUUUCGCCGACCCAAGCUGUUCAUCAAGCUGCGGUUUCCAACACAACGGACCUGCGGUAAUUCCUACGUUAUUGUACCGACAUUCGUGCAGCAAUAUACCAGACUGCCUUUGUCGUGUUGCACAUGUCAAAUGUCAGAUCGUGUUGAGCAAGUCGAAGCAUCACCAACAGGUGGAGUCGUGGGGAUUUAACGCACGGACGCAGGAUGUGCUUAAAAUGUUAUCUCUCGCUGACGCGAACGCCAAAUCCGAACAUCCUCAGACCAACGACAUCCACACCAAGAGCUGUCGCAGCGAUUGCUAUGGAGUUAUGUAG